GCGUUUUUAUGAACCACAGUGAAAAUCUAGCUAACUAGUGUUUAUCAUUAGUUUAGUUGUUCAGGGGUUGAAACGCAAUUUCAGUUAUGUUUCUUAAAUUGCACGGUAAAGAAAAGAUAGAACGUACAUUUUUGAAUUUCAUGAUAGUUUCAAACUUUGUUUGUGGCUGUGUAAUAGCUUUAAGUAAUGAUAAAUUUUUAGAAGAACUGGAAAUUCAACCAUUACCAAGUGGGCAUGUUUAUACAUACAUGCAAUUCACAACAGUGUGGGAUGUAGACAAAAGGCCCGGAAGCUGCCUCUUGGCUCAGAUCCCAGGGAAACUCAGCUCUCUCUAUUUGUGCACUUAUGGACUCCCUUUGCAAAGAUCUUUGGGUCAUAUAAGAGCUUUUUCAUGCUCAACACUUCAGGUUUUUCCACUGUCUCUUGGAGAGAUAUUAGGUCAUCAUUCGGUGCAAGAAUUACCAUACAUCAGUGCACCACCUGGAGCUGAGCUUUGGACAUGGUUUAAGGAAGAAACACCUGACAUUUCAAAGGCAUGGUCUGAUUUAACAAAUGCUCUCUCUGGUCAGUUUUGUGCAUCUCUAAAUUUUAUAGACCCAACUAACACCAUCAGUCCAAGAUUUUCGUUUCUACCUCAAGGAGUAGCUUCCCAGAGUUAUGCAAAAAACUAUUCAUUAUUGAGGUACUCUGCACUUCCUAGGGAAGCAGUUUGUACAGAAAAUUUAACACCAUGGAAAAAACUUCUUCCAUGUAACAGCAAGGCUGGGCUGUCGAUGUUGCUGAAUGCAAUUCAGGUUUUUAGUGCUACCUAUGUUUCACUGGCUGUUGAUGUAAGACCUAUUUGUAGGGAUAAUGACUGCAAAGAAGCUUCUCUUGAACUGAGACUGUCCAUUUCUAUUGUGUUUGAGCCACCUGUGUCUCAUAAGGGAAAGCAAGACUGGUCACUCGUGAAACUGUUUGGAAGUGGAAUUCUCAAGGCCUGCCCACUGGCUACUAGAUCCACUAUUCUUGUCCACACCACAAGUAAUCAAACUCUAGGAAAGUUUUUACUUUCACCAGAACCAAGUCAAGUUGUCACAAGCUCUCAUGCUCAAGACAAAAAGACUUACGCUAUGUAUGAUGUGAAGAAGAUUUUACAGAGUGCUGAACAGCUCAAUAUUGUAGCUUCUUACCAGAAAAGUCAUGUAUAUUGGAUCACCUCACCUCCCAUACUAUCUGCAACGAGAUUUAUUACAGGUUAUGGAAUGGAACAAGGAGGAAUUAAAACUCAACUCUACAACAAUCAUCCUUCAAAAUCUAUGAAGAUUGUUUAUCUAGAAAUUAUCCCCUGGUUUCUUCGGGUUUAUCUUCAUACCUUACAAUUGAAAACCUCAGGAAAAGCAUUAAAGCCACAGGUUGUGCAUUUCCAACCUGGGAGGGAUCGAACUCAUCCGUAUCAUUUUGAAAUUAUUGCCACACUUCCACCAGCUUCUGUAACAGAAUUAUCAUUCCAAUUUGAUCGAGCUUUUUUGAAGUGGACCGAAUACCCACCAGAUGCCAACCAUGGCUUCUAUAUCAGCUCUGCUGUAAUUAGCACAUUGUUAAACUCUGCAAAAAAUUGUUCCAGGAUACCUUUACAUAAAUCUACAAUUUUGGAAAGUCUAAUCGACAGAUCUGUAACUUACUUCAUUAGACUACACACAGAAAUGCUUCUAGUGUCUCUGCCAACACCAGAUUUUAGCAUGCCGUACAACGUGAUUUGUCUGGCCUGUACAGUAGUUGCUUUAGCUUUUGGCCCUAUUCAUAAUAUUACCACAAAAAGGCUUCAGUUGGUUGAGAAAGACAAGAACCAAGGCUUGUUCACCAAGAUCAAGAAGUUGUUUUGGAGAAAAAGCUAUGUAGAAUCUGACAAAGAAGAAACAAAGAAAAACAAAUAGGACAAGUUUUUCUUAAAAGUCAUAUAUUUGUGUGUGUGUGUGUGUAUGUCAACUUUUCUCAGGCUGUAAAACACGUUUACUUUAAGAUCAUAUUAGUAAAUUUAGUCAUUGUGUGUUUUAGCAGCUAACUAGCUGAGAUCUUCUGUUUUUUACUGUAUUCUCUUAAUACCAGCAAUAAACUUAUUUCAGUGUCUAUU